AUGCAACAGAACCAAUCCGCCAUCCUGCAGCUUCUUAGAAACUUCAUAUGGAUCCACGGUCGGUAUAAGAUACACCAGCGGUUGGUCAAUGUCGGGCUUCGACUCUCCAUCAUGGAGGCGUGGCAGCCCACAAGCGAAAUUGAGGUGGCCGCUUUCUUUGAGGAUGAUGUGGUAGUGUCGCCGUACUGGUUCUCGUGGGCACACGACACACUCGGGCAGUACGCACCGGUCGGGGCCCACAACGCCAUAGAGGCUGAUCCCCGCUUUGUUGGCCUCGCUCUCUUUCGGCCCAUCUUCGAUGAGCUAUCCAACAAACGUGUCCACGUGAAUAAUAACUACGCCCCUUUUCUCUUACAGCAACCCUGCAGCUGGGGAUCUGUGUACCUCCCGGGGCCCUGGCGGAGGUUUCGGGAGUUCUUUGAGAAGGAAAAGGAAAAGGAUAUAAAGGUAAGGCGUUUGGAAGGCGCACGGAAUCCUACAAGCAACUACUGGAACUACAAGUCCUCAUGGAAGAAGUACCUGGUCUAUCACAUGUACCGCAACGGCCUGUACAUGAUUUAUCCAAACCUUCCCAAGAAACUGGUGCUCUCCACCAGUCUUCUACUCCCGGGGGAGCACCCAACGCCGCCCAAGAAACUCUUUAUUCUUAGUGUGGUACGGAAAGAGCACCUGCAGGACGAGCUGGUGGAGCGCUCGCUGAGGCAGUUCACGAACAUGAAGGAUAUGAAGGUCUAUGACGUGAUGUUUGAUGAGGCACAGAGUGUGGAUGCCCUCCUACCGAAGGGAGGGCAGGUGUAG